AUGGUUGAAUCAUCAUCAAUUCCACAUCAAAACUCUAGUCCUAUUCCAAUUCAAAAUGGGACCACCUCUCAUGAAAGUAUGGAAAAUCAUCAUGAGGGCUUAUUUGUGGAUUUAUCAGGAAAAACGCUGGCUUUAAUUCGAGCUGAUAAAGAAGAUCCAAAUGAAUCGGAUGAUGAUGAAAAAGACAAAGUGGAAAUUCCAGAAAGGCAAAAAAAUAUGUUUCAUAGUGUUUUAAAUGUUCUUGGUGAAAAUCGAUCAACUCCACGUUCAACACGUUUAAAUAUAACGCGUAAGAGACAUUAUGUUCGUCGUCUACGGGACAGCGUUAAUAAUCCUUUUGAAUGUGGUCUAAAUGAACAUCAAUUAGCUGCACCAUAUGUUGAAGAACAAUUACCUGACCAACCAGAGUAUUUGCAACGUAACUCAAUUGAAAGUAAUGCACCUUUAUUAAAUGAAGGAGAACAGAGCGAAGGUAUAACAAAUGGUUCAAAUGUAACGAUUAGUCUUAGAGGUCGUGUAAAGAAAGCUCUUGCGGCGCAUGAAUUUCAACAAAUGGCUGCGAAUCCUGACAAUACACGUCUUGAGAAUGCUGGAGACUUUCCGUCUAUAAUGUUACCAAUUGCAAUUUCCAUUCCAUAUUUAUGGGCUCGUAGGGAUCAUGAAGGUCGUAAAGCGCCUCCCAUCAUAUUUGAAGCUUUAAAGCUUGCCAUCACUGAUUCUCGUGCUGAUGAACAUAUGUAUAAUUUACAAACCCUUUAUCGAAUUGAAUUGGAAUAUGGUGAUGUCAAAUGGGUUAUACAAAGAACCGCAUUUGACUUUUCAUUCCUUGAUUUUAGUUUGAGAAGGAAGAAUGAUUUACCCGAGAUUCCGACCUUACCGACCAAUAUAACAUCUUGGGUCGGAACAUUAUUUCAUAGAACUGCAACAAGGCACGCAAAACAACAAGAAUUAGCUCUUGAAAGAAGAAAAAAAUUACAAUCAUAUCUUAUUCAAUUAAUAAAGGCAUUGAAUCGAAAUGUUUCUUAUACUCUUAAUGAAUUCUUGGAACUUAGUGCGAUUUCCAUUACGAGAGAUAUGGGAAUGAAGGGUAAAGAAGGUUAUGUAGAAAAUAAAGUUGACAAAUUUGAUAAGAAUCAAUUUUGUUUUUGGAGAAAAAGUUCUAAUGAGACUUGGGAAAGAGAAUGGGUGAUUGUUCGCGACUCUUACAUUGCAUUUUGUACUCAUAUCAGUUCAACAACACCAGCGGACGUAUUCUUGCUAGAUAAAUACUUCAAAUGUACUAAAUUGGAAACGCACGGAUUAAACAAAGUUUUGUCCCGUCACGAUACUAUUUUUAUAUCAAAUAGUUCACGUAAGAUUGAACUUAGGAGUGAAUCUCGUACUUUAAAUGAAAUCACUGAAAGUAUUGAUAGGGUUAAAGGGUCUUCUCCUUGGGUAAAACAACAUCGUUUCGAUUCUUAUGCUCCUAAGAGGGAUCAUGCAAAGGUCAAGUGGUAUGUUGAUGGCAAAGAUUAUUUCCUUGCUGUUUCGCAAGCGAUUUUGACUGCAAAAUCUGAAAUUUAUAUUGAAGAUUGGUGGUUAUCUCCUGAAUUGUACCUUCGUAGACCUCCUCAUGAAAACGAAGAGUUUCGUUUAGAUAGAUUGCUUAAAAAGAAAGCUGAAGAAGGUGUUAUGAUUUAUAUUGUCGUCUACAAAGAGGUGAAAUUGGCUUUAACUUUGGACUCUAAUCAUACGAAACAAACUUUGCAAUCACUUCAUCCAAAUAUCAAAGUUCAAAGACAUCCCGAUCAUGGACCCGAUGGUGUAAUGUUUUGGGCGCAUCACGAGAAAAUGGUCGUAGUUGAUAGUGAAAUAGCAUUUAUUGGAGGAUUAGAUCUAUGUUUUGGACGUUAUGAUACUCAUGUGCAUCAGUUAUCUGACAGCUUUCUUAAUGAACCUGGUGAUCAACCAAUAUGGUUAGGACAAGACUACUCUAAUCCACGAGUCAAGGAUUUCGCAAAUGUUGCAAAUUGGCUCCAUGAGGCUGUCGAUAAAAAGAACGUUCCCCGCAUGCCAUGGCACGAUGUUUCGAUAGGAAUGGUUGGACCUCCUGCGCGUGAUGUCGCUAGGCAUUUUGUUCAAAGAUGGAAUUUCAUUAAAGACGAAAAGUCUUAUGAUAACCCGAAAUUCCCAUUUUUAACACCAAAAGGAGAAUAUGUUAAUACGCGGGAUGAAAGUCGAUUCCGAGGCACUUGUGAAGUACAAUUAUUAAGAAGUAGUGCAGAGUGGAGUAGCGGAAUUAAAUUGGACAAUUCGAUUUAUAAUGCUUAUUGUCACUUGAUUCGAGACGCAAAACAUUUUAUUUAUAUUGAAAAUCAAUUCUUCAUCACUUCUAGUGAAAAUGAUAGUAAUUAUGUUGUGAAAAACCGGAUCGGAGAGUUCAUCGUCGAACGAGUAAAACGCGCUCAUAAGAAUAAUGAAAAGUUCCGAAUUAUAGUUGUUAUGCCUUUGUUACCUGCUUUCGAAGCUGAUUUAAGUUCCAAAGAUGCAGGAACAAUUCGCAUGGUCAUGCAUUGGCAAUAUGUUUCAAUAUGUCGUGGUGGUAAAUCCCUUCUCGAGAAAAUUUCCGCAGCAGGAAUUAACCCUGAAGAUUAUAUUUCAUUUUUUGCUUUACGUGGUUACGAUAAAAUUCAUCAUGGACACGGUAAUAAAGGAAAAAAAAAUGGUGACGUCUCAGAGGAUUCAUUUUCAGAUGAACGACAACGUUCAUUAUUUGAUGGUGGUAGGAUAGGAGGAGAGCCCGCCAUUCCUGCUGGCAUAGUGCAAAUGGAUGCAAGGCAACUUUAUGUAACUGAGGAAGUUUAUAUUCAUAGUAAAUUAAUGAUUGUGGAUGAUAGAUUCGUGAUUUGUGGAUCAGCUAAUAUAAAUGAUAGAUCUCAACUUGGAAAUCGUGAUUCAGAAAUUGCGAUCGUUAUCGAAGAUAAGAAAAACAUUACAACACGCAUGAAUGGAAAAGAGUAUCAAGCUGGAAAAUUUGCGUAUAAGUUACGAUGUUCUAUUUUCAAGGAGCAUUUGGGAUUAUGUGAACCACAAGAUCAUUCAUCAGUUACGAAAAGCUCUUUACCACCUAUGAAACCAGAAGUUUUAUUUGAUUUAUUACGUGGAAGGGAUGAAUCUAUUACCGAAAUAAUAGAUGACGACAUGAAUUAUAAACAACUUAAAAAGAAACACCCAACGAAAGAUGAUUUGGUCGUUAUGGAUCCACUUUCUGAUGAAUUUUAUAGAUAUUGGCAAACCACUGCGAGAACAAAUUCCGAAACUUUUCGAUCUAUAUUUAGAUGUGUUCCUGAUAAACACGUGACGAGCUGGAAGGAGUAUACUAGUUUUGUACCUGAUCCAACUAAAGUCCGUACGGGACAUGUUGCGAAUUCGGAAAUUUCUGAAGAGGAAACGCGUGAAAAAUUGAGUGUCGUUCGUGGACAUUUGGUUGAAUUUCCUCUCGAAUUUUUAUCUAAAGAAAAUUUAAUGGGAAGCGUAAUUCAGAAUGCCGUUACACCCGCUGAAAUCUUUACAUAA